GGGUUUUGGGGAAAGGCAGUCGCGGCGGCUGAUGGUGGGUGGUGCGGGUGUUGCUGCUUGCACCAACCCCGUGUUUUUGUGCCGCCCACCUUUUGUUUUCCUCCCGACAUUUGACAUUUCGGCUCUGCAACAACACCCUUUUUAUCCCAUUCUCUGCCUCCUUCCGUUCAAAAGGAUAUUCUUGAGUACGAAAUUACCUUCUUCUCCGACCUAGUUUUGCGACUUUUUGUUACCCGAACCUUCUUUUCCACUUUUCAAGUAAAGACGCAGUUAUGGCUCCCGGUCGCGAAACGCGGUCGAAGACGGGCAACUCCAAGCCGCGCGUCAUCCCGGUCAUCGACACCGCGCCCACCAUCACGCGCAAGUCGGCACCUAAGAAGAAGGCUGCCCCCAAGACAGAGGCCAAGGGUGCCAAACCCACCGGUGUGACCAAGAAGAAGGCCCCCAAGAAGGACGGUGCUGUCGCGAAGGUCAAGGCUGCUGUGAAGAAGACGGCGAAGAAAGCGACCGCGACCGAGAAGAAGACGGAGGAGAAGGCCGAAAAAGCCGAGAAGGUAAACCCCCUCUAUUCGACGUCUAGGGAGGUCAAGCCCAAGACAACAGCGAAGAAAUAGGGAGAUUCUGUCGCCAAGUUAUAGCAUACCGCUGGGUUCUGUCUUCU